AUGGCAAAUAAUGGGAAUACCCGACUUUAUCAUCUAAAAGCGUAUCAUGAACUUCGUAUUGUGACUCUUGAAAAAUCUACAAAAUAUAAUGAGAAGGAGGAAUGUAUUAAGAUUCGAAUUUUAUCAAGUAAAAAUAUACACCAUAAAAGUAAUGAAAGGAAAAAUCCGACCGAUAAUAUAAAUUAUAGUGCUGAAAUAUUUGGUAAGGAAUUAAUAUUAGAUAAGGAUUAUACAUUUGGAUAUAACGAGAAGUUUUCUAUAUAUACAUAUACUGGUUGCUAUAUACAAAUAAAAGGAAUAACUUUACAAGAAUAUGAAAGUAAAAACAAUACGAUGAAAGAAUAUGUAUCAUUAUGUUAUAUAUUAGAUGCGUAUCGUAAGUUAGCAAAAAAAAAAAAGAAAAUCGGUCCUAGAAUAUUGAUAACAGGAAAUAAUAAUUCUGGAAAAAGUUCGGUAUCAUUACUUUUAUUAAAUUAUGCAUUGAAGUCAGGAUUUAAGCCUUUAUAUAUAGAGACAGAUACUAAAGCUAGUUCAGAUAAAGUUGAAUUAAAUCGAGGGCCUGGGGUGAUUAGUUGUUUUAAGUAUGAUAAUAUGAAUAAUAUAGUAAGUAUGUACCCUAUGGCAAGUCUAAAUAAUAUCAACAAUAAUAUCAACAAUAAUAAUAACAAUAAUAAUAACAAUAAUAAUAACAGUAAUAAUGUUGAGUUAGUCAAUAAUAAUAAUACCAUCAAUGUUAAUAAUAAUAUGUUUGAUUCGUACAUGAAAUAUUCUCUAGAAUAUUUUUUCGGAUAUUAUGAUAUUAAAGAAGAUCUAAACUUAUAUUAUCAUCUGAACGAAUGUAUAAGUAGUUGUAUAUAUCUCAUGUUUUUAAAUAAUAUUAACAACGAAUCAACUGAUUUAAGAAAUUAUAGUAACGAACAAGAACAUAUAUGCUCCUCUGGAUUUAUAUUAAAUGUGCCUUCAGAAGCAGACCAUGAAAUUGUACAGAAUAUGAUAGAUAUAUAUAAUAUUAAUAUUGUUAUUAUUAUAGAUAAUUCUUUUUUACAUUAUUCAUUAAAAAAAUAUUAUCAUAACAUAAAUGAAGAUCAACAGGAAUAUAACAAUGUUGAGAAAGAAAAUAAUUUAAUCAAAGAUCGAGAUAAAAAAAGUAAACAAACGAAUAGGUUAUCUGAACACAAUUUAUUAUAUGAUAUGAAUGUUUUUAAUGAUAAAGAUGUGAAUCCUGAUAUGCGCGGUUCAACUGUUUUUACCAAGAAUAAGGGUGAAGAUGGUUUUUAUGAUGAUCAGAAAAAUGAAGAAUUAAAAAGAGGAAAUUAUAAUAAUAUAAAUAUAAAUAAUAAUAAUAAUAAUAAUAAUUAUUAUUAUAAUAAUGAUAAUGUGAAUAAUAUGUAUAACAUGAUGUAUAAUAAUCAUCAAGAAGAUGAAGAAAAAAAAAAUAUUCAAAUAAUUGGCAUGCCCAAAUUCGAAGGGGUUAUUCCUUCCGAUAAUAAUCGUAUAAAAUAUUGUAGAAAUUUAUGGUAUUAUAAUUAUUUUUCAAGAGAUAUAAAUAUAAAUAAUUACGCUUUUAAGAAAAGUCAUAUACUAUCCUUCAAAUAUAGUAGAACGAAUUUUGUAAAAUUAGAUACAAAUCUAGCCGUACCUUUAUCGGCUUUACCAUCUGAUUGUAGAGAUAUAAAAAGAGAAAAUGUAUCCGUUAGUCUAUAUAAUGGAAAUGUUAAAAACUUAAUAAAUUGUAUUUUAGCAGUAUCUUAUUCAAAAGAUUUUACAUAUGUACAUCUUAUUAAUAUAGCUGCAUUAAUUCACGUGCAGGGUAUUAAAGAAGUCGAAAAAACACAACAAAAACAAGAUAACGAAAAGGACAAAGAAAAGGAAAAUAAUAACUCUUAUGUUAAUCAAGAUGGAAAUAAUACUGAACAACAUCAAGUUGAUUAUAUUUUUGAUAUAUUAUGUCCAACAUAUAUAACAUUGAAAAAUUUACCUCCAUUUUUUAUAAUACCUGGAAAUAUAAGGCAAAUGAAAUUCUAA